AUGAGAUAUAAAAACAGGAAGUUCUGCUAUUCUGGAAGUGCCCAGUGCGAUGAGACACUAAGGUCCCCGGCAGGGGAGAUAUCCUCCCCGGGGUACCCUGGCGACUACCCGCCAAGAGUAGAUUACACGUGGUGCGUCAACGUAGAGGGUGCUACAGGCAUAGAUGUCUCUUUCCUCGGUGAAUUUCACAUAGAACUCAACGAGGAUGGUGACGGGACAGUAACGUGUAAGGAUGGUGUAGAGGUAGGACAGGGAGGACGUCCCGUUCCAGGACACCAUCGGCGUCUUCUGUGGGAACAGCACCCCGCCAGCACAGAGGGUGGACACCGGGCAGAUGUGGAGUUAGAUGUGUGCUACAGCUCCCCCUGUACUAACGGAGCCACGUGUCUGCCCAACCUGACCACCUACACGUACACCUGUCACUGUUCACCUGGAUGGGAGGGGACCAACUGUGAACUAGUUGCUCCAGGAGCGCUUACCAUAGAGACCUCUCCACCGUCGCCAAGCACGGAAGAACAGCUCAACCUGACCUGUUGGGCGACUGGGUGGGGCUUCACCCCCAACAUCAGCUGGUACAUAGUUGAUGAGGACAGCCCUGUGGAUGCAGGCCUAGGAGAACAGCAGGACACGCAGGAGAGCGAUAGUUCGUUCACGUCAAUCCGAACUCUUACAUUCACACCCACUAAAGGGGACAACGGAGUGACGUACAGGUGCGUGGCAAGCCAUCCGGCACUGGCAAUGGAUGUAGAAACACUGAUGACACUAAAUGUUCGAUAUCCUGCUGAAAUUAUCACUCCCCCGUCUAUCACAACUCGAGUAACGGAAGGGCAGUCGGUCACAAUCAGCUGCCCUGCCGACGGCAAUCCCGGCAACUUCAUCUACACGUGGAGGGAAGGAGGCAGAGUCAUCGACCCCAGCACAGAGCACCAAUACGAUAUAGACAACGGUGUAUUGAACAUCACAAGCGCCACAUCGGACUUACAGGGCACGGCUUACAGCUGUGAAGUGUCUAACAAUAUUGGCUUCACGCCUGCGAAGGCGUCUACAGUCCUCAUUGUAGACUUUUCGGCAGAAUCACUGAAUGGAGGUGGAAAUCCUACCACAACCAUUAUCAUAGUAGUAGUGGUCUGUGUUGUGGUUAUAAUAGCUGUAGUUGUCGCUGCUGUAUCCAUUCUCAGACGAGCUAUGGUCUCCAGAGAACGGCAAAACGAUGCCCCAACCGGUGUGGCGUUAGAACAAAUACCGACCAGUUCCGAGGAUGGAUAUCAGAGUCUCAGGCUACCACAGGGACAAAAGUCUGCCCAACCUUACCAGGGUCUAGCGGUGCCUGGAGACAGUCAAAGACAGUCUACCACGGAUGUUGUGUACGAAGAUGUGAAAACCUCUUCGGAAUUCCCUAGGAAUCAGCUGGCCUUGAGAGAAAAACUCGGACAAGGAGAGUUUGGAAAUGUCUUCAGGGCUGAAGCUUGGAACAUAUCCGAUCACCAAGGAACAACCAUCGUGGCCGUGAAGACUCUGAAAGCUGCCACAAGAGAUGCUGCUCAACCUGCCUUUUUUAAGGAAUUGGAAGUACUUGAGGUGCUCGGAAGUCAUCCGAACGUCGUGUCGUUUCUUGGAUGCUGCACGGACAAGGAGCCGUUCUACCUGCUGCUUGAGUUCGUGCCCGGAGGAACUCUGCAGUCCAACCUGCGUUCCAGCCGCGCUCCGCAAACACACAGCAAUCUGCACGGUGAGAGCAAGUCUCUUUCUUCACAGGAUCUGACGAAGUUUGCUUGGGAUGUGGCCAAGGGGAUGGUCUUCCUGUCGUCCAAGAAGAUCCUCCACCGUGACCUGGCCACCAGAAACGUGCUGGUUGCUGCAGACAAGACGUGUAAGGUGUCGGACUUCGGUAUUUCACGGGAGGGAGAAGAGUACGAGAGGACGGCACACGUCCGCCUGCCUAUCCGCUGGAUGGCGCCUGAGUCCCUGUUUCAGAGGAUGUACACGAGUAAGAGUGACGUGUGGUCGUUCGGGGUGCUGCUGUGGGAGAUCGUCACUCUGGGCGCCACACCUUACUCCGGGAUGUCCUCUCGCCAGGUUAUGGGCCACGUGAAACACGGCUACAGGAUGGAGAAACCGCCUCACUGCGACGGCAAGCUCUACUCCAUCAUGGCGGCGUGUUGGGAAGAGCAGCCGACCGAGAGGCCGAGUUUCCAACAACUGGAGCUCUCUCUGGAAGCACUGAUGGGGGGUGGAUACAUAAACCUCGCGAGUUUUGACGAGACCACCUACGCGAAUCUUCAAACAUCUGGGGAGGAGAGGUGUUGAGAUUGGCCGAAACACCUGUUACAUCCCGGGGGAGCCACUACCUUAAAUACCUGACCAUUUACGGACGUCUUUACGCUCGUAAGGACACCUACAAAGUUUUUAAUUUUU